AUCCGGGUUAUGCAAAUUGUGGACCAAAAUUUGGCAAUCCGUCUCUACUAUCACGUUUUGGAAAUGGCUUUGAAAGGCCAGUUGCACCCUAAACUCUGCCGCUAACGCUUCCGCUUCCUCAACCUUCUAUAGACCUGGAAUUUUUGUCACUGUCGCAAGAAGGAAUCGUCUACUCGAAUGCCUUAUAUCAACACCAAGCCACGCCCCUUACUCUCCUAGGAUUCCAACAUUAGUACAAAUUAAAACACUGUCGGGGCUCGGUCGCUUCCAAACUUACCUUUCUCGGUUCGCAUUUUGCUCCGCUUUCUGCACUUGGUGGGUUGAUAGUCCUCCAACAUGUAACGUGUCUGCACCGCUAUCUCCUCUUCCGGUAACUUAGCCCCAUUAAACAAAUUGGUGUUUCUCUCCUUCCAGAGCAGGACACACACCUUCAAACUUCCUAUCUUCAUCUUGCUCCAUCGCAAUCUUUACCCAGUUAUUGAAAGAAUCAUCAGCUUUCAUCUAGAAUAGUUCCUUAAACUCCGUCGCCUACAAAUUCUUGACAUCCAUUUGCACUCACCAAAAAUGUGGGUUUGGGUUUCACAUUGAUCACAAAACGGGCAUCUAUAGCUGCGACGCGGGUUCUGCUUGUUGACUUGGAAACCUGUAGGUAGGAUUUCCCUCAUGAAACGCCACAUGAAAUGACGAAUCUUAGGUGGAAUAUUUAACCUCCAUAACUUCUUCUAAACUUCUGGUUCCCCUUGUUCCACCACUCCAUGCUUCAUCAUGAACUCCUCAAUCCAUAGCUUAUAGCCUUCCUUAACAGAGUAGCUCUGUCUUGCUAUUGUGCCACACCAGCGUUUUAACUUUGUCAUUUCUACGCAACAAAAUCUGUUUGAUAGCCCGCACUACCGCCAUGGGGAAACAACUCUCCAGCACCAUCUCAUCUCAGCAGUCCGCUUCCGGAUCCAUCAUUUUCCUCACACUAGCGUCUACCGGAAGCCCCAUUGGGGCCAAAGGCACAAACUGAUUUGGAAGUCCCGGCACCCAAAGAUCGCCCCACAUUCCUACCUCCGUCCCACUCCCUAUGUUAAGCAACUCUUGUGCGCUCAACAAACUAUGCCACACAAAGCAUGGGUGGUAUCCCACAACUGCAUCCAAUAUUGAAGUAUUUUUGUGCUACUUUGCCUUUAGUAUGCGAGCAAUGAGAGAGUUAGGGCGUUGGAUAAGAUUCCACAACUGCUUCGCUAGGAGAGCUUUGUUGAAGCCCUUAAGAUCCCGAAAACCCAUGCCUCCUUCCUCUUUCGAACUUGCCAUUUCCUCUCUUCGAAGUCCAUGUGCUCUUGUUUCAGGAGCCCUCUAUCCCCACCAGAAAUUCAUAACCAUAGUAUGCACUUCAUCUAGAGUUCCUUCCGGUAUCAUGAACAUUGACAUAGCAUAGCUAAAUUGUGCCUGAGCCACCGAUUUGAUUAAAACUUCACGAGCUGCCACUGAGAGGGUUCUCUCCUUCCAACCGCUUAGCUUCUUCCUCAUCCGCCCCUUAAUGCCUUCGAAUGACAUCUUCUUCGAAUGGUCAACAUCCGUGGCUAGCCCUAAAUAUUUCUCGUGCUUUUUCACUCCCUUCAUUACUAGGACUCCUCCAAUCUUCUAUGCGGCAGCGCAUUAGAGCUAAAGGAUACUUCCGAUUUCUUGAAACUAACCAGCUACCUGGAUUCUUUCUCGUAGUCUUUAAGAAUUUUCUUUAACACCUUACUUUCUUCUACUGUUGACCUGACAAAAAAGAUACAGUCGUCCAUGGAAAACAGAUGGGACACAACCGGUGCAGCAUGUGCCGGCUGAAUCCCAUGAAGUCUUUUCGCUUGCACAACCAAUGUUGUAUAUGCUGAAAAUCCCUCCGCACACAGGAGAAAUAGGUUCGGUGACAGCAGAUCGCCUUGGCGGAUCCCACGACUCGGCACUAUCGUUGGGGAUUGAUGACCAUUCACCAGGACUGAAAAUAUAAUCGAACGCACACAUAACAAGAUCACUGUCACCCCCUUCUCAUCAAAACCCAUUCUCCUCAUUACCCCUUCCAGAAAGUGCCACUCCACUCUGUCGUAAGCUUUUGCCAUAUCAGUCUUUGCAAUAAAGAAUCACCGACUUUUCUUCCCUUUAUUCAUUAUGGUAUGGAAACAUUUGAAAGCCCCACUACGUUAUCCGUGAUGAAACGCCCAGGCACAAUGCACUUUUCUAAGGAGAAAUCACUUUAUCCAUGAUAUGAUCCCAAUUGGAUCAAUCAACAAUUCAAAAUUACUUGCCAAAGAAGUCAUCUCAACUCACAUGAAGAAUUCUGAUUUUUGGCUAAGUGUUGAAACAGUUUCAGGUAGCCUACUUUGGAAGCUUGUAUCUCACAAAUGGCUCAAUCCAAAUGGGAGAUCAAGAGCUUGUUUUGAAGAUAAUGUUGUUAUCUUUACAUUGGUAUGUUUUGGAGCUCAAGGAGAUGUCUGGAAGGUCACUUUCAAAGCCCAUCAAAAAGCUACCUCAAUACAGGAAAACUGCCUAAAUUUGGCUAAGGACGAAAACUGUUUUGAGAUACCAACUUUGAAGGCCUAUAUCUGGAGAUUGGAGCAUGAUAUCGGGCUGAUUCAAGUUGGAGGUGAAAGAAGAAGUUUUCUUCUACAAAGGAAAGGAAUUAGUUGAGUUCGAAUAAACCUAGAAGACCAUUUUCGAAGGGCUCAAAGAUGCUAUGAAGGCUGUUUUCCUAGGCAGACUUGCUUGCGUUUUAAGUCAGUUUCAUGGCCAGCAAGUUACCUUGUUUUGCACGAAUUCUAUAGCCUUUUUCUGUUCUAAUUAGUUUCCUUGUUCAUGUAGGGUUGUAGUAGGAUUAUUUGGCUAUAAAAGCCUUUCUUUUGAUUGUAAAAAUAGAACACUUUUGAUUAAUCGAAAAACAAACCCUUUGGUUGUGUGCAAGUUGCGACUUGUUUGAGUUUGGUGGAUUCCAAGCUUGUGAGCUUUGUAUCGAUUGAAUAUCAUCUUCAAUCGUGGUCGAGCAGCUACCCUUUUAUACCAUACGAGCUUUUCCCCAUGUGUGGAAUUGUCCGUUGGUUCCGUUUUAUCCAAGUUCGUAUUAAGAACGCUUCGUUCUUAAUUCGAGCUCAAUCGAUUCUUUGAUUGAGUCGUUUGCUGCGUUACUUUGGUAAAAAUACACCCCCAGGGUCGUAUUAAUCCAACACUAAUUUCAGCCUAUUAGCCAGAACCUUUGCCACCAACGUGUAAAGUACAUUACAAAGACUAAUAGGUUGAAAUUAUUUGGGGGUUGAGUGGGUUCUUUACCUUUGGUAUCCGAGCUAGAAGGGUAUGAUUCAGUGCCAUCGACAUUGUCGCAUUAUCAAUAAUCCCCUUUACUACAUCCACAAUAUCAUCGCCAAUAAUUUUCCAAUAUGAUC